CCACUUGUGCUUCAGGCUUCAGCGCCGUACAUAACAAUAAGCAGUCUAUAUUUCUUAUGUGUCUAUGCAUUCAAGUUUCGCCACGUUGAUAAAUAGUGAUUGGUAUCCAUAUUCAAUUAAGUGCAUCUAUCGAUAACAUAAUAAGAAUAAAAGCAACUUGUAUAGCUAUCUAUUGCUUUUUGGGCCCUCGGAAUGUGUGGCUUUCCUCGUGUUGCCCUAGGGGUGACUCUACUUCUGUUUUUGUUUCGCGGUAACCUAGUCAGCAGUAGUACAUCCAUCAAACCUGGCCUGAGAAUCAAGAACAGUGAACGAACUAUCGACCUUGUCUCCCAGCUGACUAAGAUCACCAGCAAACUAGUAUUCGAAAACAGCGGUGAAAGCCCCAUUCACGAAUUUUACUUCAGCAUAGAGGCUGUUCAGCAUGAUAGCCUCAGUUACAUUGGGGCUACACUUCGUGAACAUAACCGUCCAAAACUACAGGUACGCGAGAGUGUCCUACCUGACCUGCCAGAGACCCAACCUGGUGCGCUCUAUUAUAGCAUAAGGUUGCGCGAUCCACUUCAGCCCGAACGUUCUGUUUCCGUUGAAGUUGAAACCGUGUUUAGCCAUGAGCUUAUACCUCAUCCUAGAGAGAUCAGCCAGAAGCAAAAGCAGUUGGUUAAGUGGCAUGGUAACCUCUACCUUUUCUCACCAUAUCUCGUGUCCAAACAGACGACAACUUUACUGCUGCCCUCGCGAAAUGUCGAGAGCUACACAAAGGCUGUCAAACCAAUUAGCCAGAGCGAUACUUCUAUUACGUAUGGUCCAUUUGAAAUGAAGCCACCUUAUACCCACCAGGAACUUGCUGUUCAUUUCGAGAAUAACCACCGUUUCCUUACCAUUACUCAGCUUGAGAGAUCUAUUGAAGUCUCUCACUGGGGUAAUAUUGCCAUUGAAGAAACGAUUAAGCUUCUUCACACUGGAGCUGUCCUUAAAGGUUCCUUUUCAAGAUAUGAGUUUACAAGGGAAUCUAAAAAUCUGCAGCCCAGCAUUCAAAGCUUUGACACGAUUUUGCCAGCAGCUGCUUCUGACAUUUAUUAUAGAGAUGAAAUUGGUAAUAUCUCGACUUCCCAUACAAGAAUUAAAAAAGAUUCAGUUGAACUAAAUUUGCGGCCGCGUUUCCCACUUUUUGGAGGCUGGAAAACUCGUUACACAAUUGGAUACAAUGUACCUAGUUACGAAUACUUGUACAACUCUCACGAUGAUUACGUUUUAGAACUGAGGCUACUAGAUCAUAUCUAUGACGAUAUGGUUGUUGAGGAUAUGACUUUAAAGAUUAUUUUGCCUGAAGGAUCACAUGCUAUUAAGUUGGAACUUCCUUAUAAUGCUACUCGCUUACCUGACUCUCUUCAUUACACUUAUUUAGAUACCACAGGGCGCCCAGUAGUUUCUGUUUCCAAAAAAAAUCUGGUCGAAAACCACAUUCAAAACUUCAGACUCAAAUAUAAGUUUCCCAAAUUUUUAAUGUUACAGGAACCUCUUCUAGUUGCUGUUGCUCUUUAUUUUUUGUUCCUGCUUGUUAUUUUAUAUGUGCGCUUGGACUUUUCAAUUGAUAAGGAUGAAAUUUCUGAAAGCAAAUUAAGAGUUGCUGGACAGUGUGAAAAAGUUUUAGCUGCACAAGAUCGUCGCGUUUCAUCUUACAAUUUACUUGACGAAUUACUUAAUAAUCUAAAAAGUAAUAAAGAUGUCAAUUCUUACCUUUCUCAAGUCAAAAGUAUCACGCAAGAAUAUAAAAAUGCCACUACUUCUAUUUUAGAAUUGGCAGCUCAAAAGUUGAAAGGAGAGUCUGGAGAUGUAUAUGAACGGAUACAAGAUCUUCAAAAGCAUGACAAGUUACUCAAAGAGUUAUACAACCAACAACAGUCAAUGUAUAUUGACAAACUUGUACCUGGAAAAAUUGGUCGACAGCAAUUUGUUGAUGCAGAAUCAUCUAUCACCAAGAAAAAAGAGGAAUGCGUGGAAAAGAUUAAUAAUGUUAUUAGAUCACUGCAGUAAAAAAAUUAUUUGUGCCAAAUACUGGAAAAAUUUAUAACAGAUACAAGACUCGUUGAAGUAAUAAAAUUAAAUAUUGAGAGAAUUGCCGCCCUUCCUACCGUAUAAAAACUAGCAAUUGUACUAUUAAUUUAUAGAUUUCAGUAAUCAGGUUGCAUUUGUAAAAAAGUCUGAACUUAUAACAAGUUGUCACCUAUACACGAUAUCUGUUAUAUAUAACAGUUUAUUAACUAAUAAAGUUGGUCAAAUGCGCUUUGGCUUACCUGAUGA